AUGUUUAUAUAUUUGUGUUUUGUUGGAUCUUUAAGGGAUUCUGAUCCCCUCAUCACACAGGAGAUGGUUGAUGCAAUUAACAACGAUCCUAAUGCACCAUUCAAAGCAAAACUUUAUCCAAAGUUUGCAAAGAUGACUGUCGGUGAUGCAAAGCGUUUCUUGUCACCAGUUCGCCAUCCACCACAAAAUCAAGGUUCAGCUGUUCCAGUUGGUGCUAACGAAGAAUUCUUCAACUGGGUUGAUAAUAAUUACAUUACAGGUCUCACAAAUGUUGCUGCUUUUCCAAAUGAUCUUAACGCCUCUAAUCAAAAUUCAAAGGAUUACUCAGGAACUCAACCAGGCAGAUCUAUUUAUCCUUAUGUCGAGAAAGUUAAAUUUCCGGUUUUUGAUGUUACAAAUUUGUGCAGCUCGUGGGCACCAGCAGUAACAUCUGCAAUGACAAUCUCAGUUUCACGCUGGGCAGGUGAAUUCGUUAACUUCUCUCUUCAGUACGUUCUUGACUGUGACAUGCUUGGAGAUUCCUGCGUUGAACGUACUCCAGUUAAUGCAUACCAACUCUUUUGGACAUAUCAUCCACCGGAUUUCCAUGGCUGGGAUAAUCCAGGAGAUUUAUCAUCAGAGAGAUUUUCAUAUUUGCAAGCUCCACGUUCCGAUUUCACGAGAGAAAAUUGCGCUGACAACAGAUGCUAUCCAGGUUUGUCAAACUGCAAGCGUCACUGGGCACUUACCGGCAGUUGCAAUUCAGGUGCUUCAAAUACAGGUUGUCCAAUCUACUUCCUUUACAACUGGAGAUGGAUCAAAUCCCAUCUUUGGGAAGUUGGUGCUGUUACUUCUUCAAUAACUGUUUACCCAUCUAUCUUUAUAUACAAUUCUGGUAUUUACUCAGGUUACUUCAAAAAAGAUUCAAACGAAGAAGUUGUUGGCAAUAACACAUUGUGGGGCACAAUUCUUGGUAUGCUUGAUGUUACCAUUGUUGGUUGGGGCCAGAAAAAGCUUAAUCUAUCCACAGAUAGUUCUUCACACACUAAGGGACUUCAACGCUGGUGGUGGGUCAUCCCACACUUUGGAAGUAAUUUCGGUAUUCCAUAUGAAGCUUGCAAUUCUGGAAUCAAUUCAGAAAAAUGCAAGACAAACAAAAUUGAAGUUGUUCAAGCUAAGGAUCAAAUCAAGUUAGUCUCCAGUAACGGUAACGGUCGACUUUAUAUCACAAGCCGUUACGACGGUGAGCAGACUGGUAUCCCAAACUUUAACGGUUUCAUGAAGUUUAACCGUAGAUUUGAUGACUGCAAUAUUGAAUCACAUGCAGUUGGUGCUGUUCCAUACAACUUUGUUCCACUUCCACAUAGAACACCGCAUCCAACAGAAGUUGAAUCAUCAAGUAAUUAA